AUGGACAAAAUCAAACCGGAUAAAACCAAGAACAGCGCGGCAAAACCGACCAAGCACACAACGUACUUUCUCACGGCCGACUGCCCGAAAUCCCACUCCACCACGACCGUCACCAAGGUGUCCCAUCUGCCCCAGGAGUCGCCACACGUGCCGCUCAAACCGUCCAUGAGCUGCGACUCGGUCGACUCCUUCUUCUUCUCCGACGUUUCAGUAAUCAGCCGCGCAGAGGUGGACGGAGAACACAAGCAGGAAGACACAGACUCGGCCGUGCAAGACACGUCGACCGAACAACCAGACCCCAACAUUACAGCCACCAAUAUGGAGGAAACCUCAGAUACCUCAUACGAAACUAGAGUCCAUCCCUCGUCCUCCAACUACUCACACUCCACCACAGGUUUAAACUACCCUCUCAACAUGCACCCCCACCUCAAAUCUCUCUCGGUUGUGUCGUCCAAACCAGCAUCCCUGCUGUCCAUGGACAGUGCGUCCUCAAGCCCCCGACUGGACGCCUCGGAUAACCUCCUGUCCGAAACCCUGCUUUCUUCCGACGACGACGAAAGCGAAGGAGGCACACGGGUCGAGCAGCGAAUGCCCCAGUUCAUCAUGCCUACCAUCCCUCUCACGUCCCGACGACCAUUCACAGAGACGGGACUACGACUCGGAAAACUCAGAGUCAUGGUUGCAGGUCAACGACACAGCGGCAAGUCCGCUCUCAUCCGCUCCUUUGUGCAACAGUGCAAGGAUAUCGUCUACGUCGACGCCGCUGCACCCAUCGUGACACCGCUGCCACGCUCCAAGGCGGCACGCAACUUCCAUGAACCAGUCAUGUGGGAAACACAGGCGUCCACGCGACCUACCCCCGUGUUUGAGACAAUGUCUCCAGGAACCGUCUCCGAGUCGUCCACUCUGACGGCAACAGACAACUCCACUUCGACCCUAGACUUCAACAUCUCCUUUGUCGAAUGCUCGCAACACUCGGUGGACUGGCUGGACCAUGCUAUCGCGUAUCUGGAGCAGCAGCUUCAGCGCACCUCCCAGAUGAUCAACCCCAUGAGCCCAAACUGCUCCAAGAUCAUGAUGACGUCAUCGGGCAUGGAUAACGUCGACGCUUGCUUGUUCCUGUUGAGUAAGCCUCCUGACGCCGAGCAGCUGGAGCAAAUGCGCAUUCUGUCGUCGUAUGUGCCCCUUAUCCCGCUGGUUUCGAAAUCAGACUCGCUCAGCGACCGCAAGCUGGCUGCUCUGAAGCUGCGCAUUCUGCGAGACCUCGAGAGAGAAGGUAUUCAGCCGUUUGCCUUUGACUUCUCGGUCUCCGACAUUUUGUCCGUUUUCGAAGAAUCGGACUUGUUGUCUUCAGACGAUGAUGACCAGCAACAACCAAGGCAGGCGCAGUCGCUUGCUACUCCGCUCAUUCGCCGGUCCACAACCCCUCAGUUUCCCUUUUCCGUGUCCGCUGUGGCUGAGUUAGAGCUGGACGCGUCGGUGCUCAUGAACCCCAAUUACACACCCAAAUUGGUGACUUCGGACCUGGAUAUGCUUUGCGGACAGCUCUUUUCCGAGAAAGGAGCUUCUUGGCUGCGCUACAAGUCUGGCCAGCAGUUUAUCUCCUGGGCUGUCACAAUGCAGCAGGCUGUGACCCUGCGUGGCGUUCGGCGCGUGGCUCACGAGCCCGUACCACAAUUCUAUAUUCCAGAGUUUGUGGUGUCACCGGUUGCCGUGCCACUAACCAUUGAUCACAACCUGCUAGCAAAUCAGAGUACAGUUGACUGGAUUUCGCACUUGAAAACCGAGUCUGGCGUUCUGGUUCAGGUGACCGAGAGCCGAGGGCCUGCCUACAACUGUCUGGGAUGCCAGAAGUACUCACACUCGAUUUCCAAUGUGGAUCCCCUGGAGCUGAAGCGGCACUUCAAACUGCUGAACAAGCUUGUCAGCUGGGCGUGCAAGGCGCUGAGCUACACCAUUGGAGCUUCUCUGGUGGUCAAGAUGGUCACCGUGUGUAUGCAGGGCGAGUUGUAUGCUCCCCCGCCACCUCCACAGACGGUGUCCAAAGAGGGACCUCUGAACGACGCGGCACAGAUGCUCUGUCGAGUGUUUGAAAAUGUGAGUCGCGAGCUGAUGGCUGUAGCCGAUUUUACCUUUUAA